UAAAACAACUGAGCUACAAUUAUAUGUUUUAUCUGAACCUGCUGCUCCGAACACCCCAAAGCUUACUCCAAGCAGCACAGAAGAGCUUGUUUUAGCUCAUGCAGGAUUGGGGAAAAGGCUCAUUACAUUUAAUGAGAAUGCCAAACAUGAUGAGAUUUUUGAUCAACUGGAGAAUGAGUUUCCAAAAUUAAGAUGCCUCAAAAGAAGCUGGAUGUUUUACAAAGCCACUGGUGGAAGUGGGUGCCGAAAACUCUCCAUGAUUUUAACUGAUGCGGAGGGCUACUCUUUGCGUGCACUAAAAUCUGCGUCCAACAAUGGCAAAAAUGUUCUCAACGUGGUUCCAAUUCAAGAGAGACUUUCAACAGAACCCCUACCCUAUGAUGCUCCUGAAUUUUUUAAAAUGCCCAAAGCAAACUGUGUGUCAUGUGGCCAGAAAAUGCCCCUUCAGAUGUUGGCUUUACAUGUAGAGGAAUGUUCAAAAGCUGAACCUGAGGAAGAUCUGGAUGAUGAUGAUGAUACUGAAGAAUUUCAGGUUGCAGACACUGAGGAUUCAUUUGGGACUUGCCCCAUUUGCCAGACAUUAAUACCAACUGAUUUACUCCCAACUCAUGCAAAUUUCUGCAUUGACAGAAGAAAUAGUCCCGCGGAUGACAGUCCCCAUCAGACAGAGGAACUUCCUGGACCUUCUUCAGCUGUGGACUCAUCUGAACAAGCAGGAGCUAAUUCAAAUGAAUGGAUGAAGAUUUUAGAUCCAGGCAUGGCGUCUAUAUUAUUCUGUAGGACUCUGCUGAGGGAACAGAGCCAGGCAAAGCCACUGCGUUUCCACUUGGAUUUAAAAGACAGCCCUGAGGACCAAGAACGAUCCAUAUUGUCUUUUUACAAGGCAAAGGGAGUGAACUGGGCUGCUCCACUUAAGUGCAUAUUAGAAGGAGAUGCUGCAAUUGGUGAUGGGGUCAAUAGACACCUCCUGAGUAUGACUAUUGAGAAGUUGAGGACUGGUUUUUCUGUCAAUUUUGGUGUAGCAGACAUAACACUCCUGUUUGAGGGUGAACAGGAUCACCUUGUUCCAUGCUGCAGUCAAACUCUGCUUGAUAGCGACUUAUUUGUUGUUGCUGGUCGCAUGAUUGGCCACUCAUUUCUCCACGGUGGCCCUCUGCUACCUGGGAUUAGCCCUGCCAUAAUUCAUGUGUUGGUGGGUGGUGCCGUUGAGACUGCAGAGAUUCAUCUGAAAGACUGUCCUGAUGUGGAUCAGAGGCAUACUAUCCAAUUGCUGGAAGGGAAUCGUAAAAUUUCAGAAGAGGAAAGGGAGGAAAUCACUAGACUUUCUGUUAUGUGGGACCUUCCUGGGUUUUCCGAAGACCACCGGAAAUGGCUCUUUAAUAGGAUGCUGCAACAUGCUGUUUUGUAUAGGACUAAAUGUCAAGUAAAGCAGCUAAGGUGUGGAAUCAAAGAGACAAAGAUCUGGCCAUUGAUCACUGAAAGAGAAGAUGCAGUUAAAGUGCUCUUCCCAAGGGCAAGUGAUGCGGAGUAUGGCCCAGAGGUAAUUCUUCAGCACAUUGUAUGGCCUGUUGCUGAAUCAGAUGAUGACGAUGACGCCGACGACAGAUUGUGCCCUGAAGUCGUCACUCGCCAAAUACGUUUUCUACGUGAAUACAUUCAGAAAGCUACCACAGACCAGCUGCAAAAGCUCUUGACAUUUUGGACUGGAUGGGAGGUGCCAUCCAAGAGCCUGCAGGUUAAAGUUUGGAGGGAAGGUUUUCAAGGCUUCCACCUGCAGCAGGACCCUAAUGCUUCCUGCUGA